CAUGGCCUCGCAGAACACCGACCCCGCCGCCGCCAGCGCCGCCAACGCCGCCAGGAAGGCCGCCGAGCCCGGCAGCGCCGCCGCCCGCGGCUCCGUCCGGAGCAGGCUGCAGCAGGAGCUGAUGACUUUGAUGAUGUCUGGGGAUAAAGGGAUCUCGGCCUUCCCAGAGUCAGACAACCUCUUCAAGUGGAUCGGGACCAUUAAUGGAGCAACUGGGACGGUGUAUGAGGACCUGAGGUACAAGCUGUCCUUGGAGUUCCCCAGCGGGUACCCUUACAACGCGCCCACCGUCAAAUUCCUCACCCCCUGCUACCACCCCAACGUGGACCUGCAGGGGAACAUCUGCCUGGACAUCCUCAAGGACAAGUGGUCGGCUCUCUACGACGUCCGCACCAUCCUGCUCUCCAUCCAGAGUCUGCUGGGAGAGCCAAACGUCGAGAGUCCGCUGAACACGGAAGCUGCAGAGCUCUGGAAGGACCAGGCAGCCUACAAGAAGUACCUUCACGAAUCGUAUGCAAAGCAUAUGAAGAACCAGGAUACCUGAUGCCCCCCCCGCCCCCUCCUGUCUUCCGUCUCCACCCUGGUGUUGUGUCUGUCUUUGCACCGCUGUCUCUGUGAAUGCCACUGUAUUAUAGACUUGUUUUUAAAUUUAUUUGGCAUUUUGUCCUGUGGAUUAAUGUAUAAAUAAACCUGUUUCCUUUUUGGGGUUUUUUUUUCUAAA